AUGCGGGAGGAGGUCGCUGGCCUCCAACUCGCUGCUGCUGCCAGGCCUCGCUUCUCCCUCGCCGCGAGGUUCCUCAAACGGGCGAUUGAGGAUCCCAACACCAACUACACCAUUAUCCAGAACACAACCAUAUUACUUCCAUCCAACCAGGCAUUAAUCGACACGCUGCUGCGAGUUUGGGACAACGGAACCGAGUGGGGGCGUACAAUCUCAUACAACAUCAUUAGUGGCCUGUACACGCUCCGUCAGCUGCGCCAGCUGCCUCGCAAUGCUGAAAUUCCAACAUUGUUGGAAGGGGCAAACCUGACCAAGUUCAAUCCUAGGUUCAGUGUGGCGAUUGGCCAGCCGGAAACGAAGCUGGUUACGUGGGCAGCGGUGAAACUACCCAAUCUUCAUGAUGGAGUGUUUCUAAAAGCACAUGGUGUGGAUAGAGGAGCAACGGAGGAAGCGUCCCCAUCGAAUGCGCGAGUCGACGAGUUGACUGUUGCAGCAGCAGGUGCUGUUACCGCAGCAAACACUAGCGAUAUGGGGUUUGAGGGGACUCAAGAAGCGGAGGGAGCGGUAACGAUGGACUCGCGAAUAGGUGAACCGACCGUUACAGCAGCAGGUGCUAGUGAAGAUACUGCGGCUGAUGCGGUGGUUAGCAGUUCUCCAGCUAACAUUAGUGAAUAUAUUGCUGCGAAUGCUUGCAUGUCCGCAGCAAGCGCUAGCGAAUCGGGGUUUGAGGGGCCUCAAGUCGAUGAGUUGACCGUUACUGCAGCAGGUGCUAGUGAAGGUAGUCUGACGGCUGUCGAUGAAUCGGCCACAGCAGGUCCUUGUGAAGAUAAUCUAAAGGCUGUCGAUAAAUCGGCCACAGCAGGUCCCAGUGAAAAUAAUCUUACGGCUGUCGAUGAAUCGGCCACAGCAGGUUCUAGUGAAAAUAAUAUUACGGCUGUCGAUAAAUCGGCCGUCGCAUUAGCCGGCGCGAACGAAGGCAAUGCUUCGGAUGUUAGCAAUUUCGCAGCAGACGCUAGCGAAUCAGGGCCUGAGGGGCUUCAAGAGGAGGAGACAGCGUCAGCGAUGGCUUCGCGAGCAGAUGAACCGACUGUUGCGACCGCAGGUACCUCUGAAGAUAAUGCAGGGUAUGCUAGCAACUCCGCAGCGAACCCUAGCGAAUCGGGGUUUGAGGGGCCUCAAGUCGAUGAGUUGACUGUUGCACCAGCAGGUGCGAGUGAGGAUAAUGCUGCGCCUGUCGAUGAAUUUAUAGAUGCGGCAGCGAAUUCUACGGACGGUAAUGCCGCCGCUAGCAAGUCAGCAGCUGAUAACGACUCUGCCACAAAUGCACAAGACGGUGCAGCACUUGCACAGGACGGAGCCGCACUUGCACCGCACGGAGCCACACUUGCACAGGACGGAACCACAGCGUUACAAGACGGAGCCAUCAUGCUGUUACACGACCGUGAUACAGUGUUACAUGUCCACGUGCCCUCAGCCCAAGGAAACGACUCGUCAUCGGAUCUUCCGACCGAGCCACCACUGAAGGAGGGUCCGGAGCCGGCGCCGUCAGUGCAGGCAGAAGUACCUCCUGCCGAACCAAGCAUCAGCAGCAUUUGGAGACGGAGGGGAUUGGGGCAGAAAGAGGGGGAGGAGCAGCAGAAGCGUACAGGCGAACUUGAGGGGGAGAAGGGGGAGCAAGAGGAGGGGAAGGGGGAGCAAGAGGAGGGGAAGGGGGAGCAAGAGGAGGGGAAGGGGGAGCAAGAGGAGGGGAAGGGGGAGCAAGAGGAGGGGAAGGGGGAGCAAGAGGAGGGGAAGGGGGAGCAAGAGGAGGGGAAGGGGGAGCAAGAGGAGGGGAAGGGGGAGCAAGAGGAGGGGAAGGGGGAGCAAGAGGAGGGGAAGGGGGAGCAAGAGGAGGGGAAGGGGGAGCAAGAGGAGGGGAAGGGGGAGCAAGAGGAGGGGAAGGGGGAGCAAGAGGAGGGGAAGGGGGAGCAAGAGGAGGGGAAGGGGGAGCAAGAGGAGGGGAAGGGGGAGCAAGAGGAGGGGAAGGGGGAGCAAGAGGAGGGGAAGGGGGAGCAAGAGGAGGGGAAGGGGGAGCAAGAGGAGGGGAAGGGGGAGCGGCCAGAGAGGAUGGAGAUGGACGGAGAGGGAGAACGCGGGUGCAGAUUGCUCGCAACGACAGGCCUGAAGAACCAAGACCUCCCUCUCACUCACCUGCUGUCCUCGUUACAAGCUGCAUCUGUAUCCGCCACAGCAGUCGCAACGACCGAUAACAACCUACACCCAGGUUCAGCGCUACACAGGGCUCCGGCAGAAGCCGCAGUUGUGUUAUCCACCAAUCAGCACGCAUUGGCCGCACAGGCACGCCGGGUGAUACUGAGUCAGCUUAUAGGGGAGCUGGAGGCGAUUCAGCCAGGCGGGGCUGGGAUGGAGGGGCAGCAGCAGCAGCAGCAGCAGGAGGGGGCAGCGAGCAAGUGCGUGGGUCUAACCCCACAGGAUGGUGAGAGUUCUGAUGAUGAUGAGGAGGAGGAGGAUUUGGAAAAAAGAAUUACCUUUUCUGGGCCGGUUGGCGUGGGAAAACAGAGGGUGGAUGGGAGGUUGGGAUGGGACAGCAAGGAGCAGAGGGUGAGGGGGACGGGUGGAAGGGCAGGGCACACGUGGCAGGCUUGGAGUGGUCAGUUGCUUGGAGGAGGAAGGAGGCUGUUUGGAAGGGUGCCUUCUGUGGUGCAGCGGGCGCGAGCGGGAGCAGGAGGAGGAGGAGGAGGAGGAGCAGGCGGGGGUGGCAAGGCUUCGUCUCAUGUGUGGCCUGACGUGUACGGCUGUGCGGGGCUGAGCGUUGGUGUGGGAGAGGUGAAGGAUUCUGAGAGGUAG